AUCACUCAUAAGUUUUUUCUUUUUCCGAUUUUCAGUUAGGUAUUCUCAAAUUUUCAGAGUAAUCGGAUUCGAUUUCUCGAUGAUUUUGUAAUUGUGAUUUUCGAUUACGUUGAUGGCCGCCAAUCCUCAAUCCCAGCAUCGCUGCGUUUUUGUUGGUAAUAUUCCUUACGACGCUACCGAAGAACAGCUGAUUCAAAUUUGCGAGGAGGUUGGUCCAGUUGUCUCCUUCAGAUUAGUUAUUGAUAGAGAAACUGGAAAACCAAAAGGUUACGGAUUCUGCGAGUACAAGGAUGAAGAGACUGCUCUAAGUGCCCGCCGUAAUCUUCAGGGCUACGAGAUUAAUGGUCGACAGCUAAGAGUUGACUUUGCUGAGAAUGACAAGAAUACCGACCGGGGUCGUGAACAGGUGCGUGGUGUUCCUGGCGUUUCCUCGAGUGUCGAUGGUAUUAAACAAUUUGGGGGUCAACCAGUGCAAGGAAACCCCGGUCUUCAUCAGCCGAUAGGCGAUUCAGUUGCUAUGGCUGCUGCAACUGUCAUGGCAGGAGCUCUCGGAUCAGCUCAGACGAGCACAUCUAACCAGACCGGUUUUCAAAGUCAGCCCUUAUUGGGCACCGACCCUUUGACUCGUCAUUUGGCCAAAAUGUCGAGGAGUCAGCUUAUAGAGGUUGUCUCUGAAAUGAAGGCAGUGGCUACACAAAAUAAAGAACAAGCUCGCCAGCUCUUACUCGCCAACCCGAGCUUGCCUAAAGCUCUUUUCCAGGCCCAGAUUAUUCUCGGAAUCGUCUCCCCACAAAUGUUACAAAUGCCGAAUAAUAAUCAGCAAGCUUCUACUCAACCAGUGGUGCAAGUUGCUCAAACCGCACCCGGGCUGCCGCCACUUGCCCAGAACAGAAUGCAACCGCCGCCUUAUGGACAAGAAAGUCGAUUAUUGGCCGGUGUACCAAACCAGUAUGCAGGAAUUCAACAGUUUCCAACAUUACAACCUCAAAUUCAACGCCCACAACUAGUGCAAAGCCAACGUCCUAAUUCCGUGUACAACGAUCAGCCGAUGCUUCAGAAUGCCGCCACACAUCCUAUGCAUUCACAAUUUUCAGCUCCAAGUUUUCAGAAUAUUAGCUCCUCAACAUCCUCCGCCAUGCCAGAAAAUAUGGAUUUAAGAGUGCAUUCGUUAAGUGUCCCCGAGAAGAAAAGAAUGGUCACCGAUAGUGUUGACCAAAUCGACAGAGCAUCGAAAAUGGCGAAACUCAACGGUGGAAAGUCAACCCCUUCUUCACACACUGUCAACAUAGCUACAUCACUUCCCGCACCGUUUCUAAAUUCGAAUGCUGCAGUAAGACAACCUUCGGCAAAACCACAUUACGAGACUCCGCCCACUCAGAUGCAACUUCCUGCUGACGUGGAUUCUGCGUUACUUCAGCAAAUGCUGAAUUUGACACCGGAGCAGCUAAGUUCACUCUCGCCGGACGAGCAGAGGCAAGUAAUUCAACUUCAGCAGAUGCUCCGUCAGGCGACCUAGUUAGAUUUUCUCUCUCUCUCUCUCUCCUCAAAGAGGAAAAAAAGAAGAGGGGGCACUUGUUUUACUGUAUGAAAUUAUUUACAUUGUAAAGUAAUUAAUUGUUUCAAAAGGCCCUUAUUAAAUGUAACAUUAUUCAAAAGAAAGAAUGAAAUGUUGAGAGGAAAUGAAAUUUUGGUUCUAAA